AUGGCUCUUCCGAGUAUGCUGUUGCUGUUGUACGUGGUUGUUGGCCUUGUUGCAGCAAAGAUCCUCUACACAGGCCUGACAUGCCCGACCAAACACCUCCCAGGGCCCUGGUACACACGAUUCACGCACUACCGGCUCAAACGUGCCGUGAUAACCGGUCAACGCAUCUUCUACAUCGACUCGCUGCACAAGCGCUACGGUCCCAUUGUGCGGCUCUCCCCGACUGAAGUCGGAGUCGCCGACCUCGACGCCUUCAAGGAGAUCCACAAGAUAGGCACAAAGUACCUCAAGAGCGAAUGGUACCUCCGGCUUGCCAACUUCCCCAAGGCCGGCGUCUUCACCAUGCUGGAUCCCCGCGAGCAUGGCCCCCGUAGAAAGCUGCUAUCGAGAUCCUUCAGCCGCUCCUAUCUCUUGCAGUACUGGGAGCCCGUUGUGAAGGAAAAGGCGCGGCUGGCAGCCCAGAAAAUCAAGGCCGAUGCCAUGCAGGGCUCCGCAGACGUGUACAACUGGUGGAUGCUGCUCGCCUCGGACGUGAGCGCGCAUCUGGCCUUUGGCGACUCAUUUGGCAUGCUGGAAACCGGACAUACGAACCAAUUCAUGCGGGUACUGAAGAAACUCACCAUGGGCGCAGGCAUCAUGGUGGAGCUCCCCUUUCUGCGUAUCCUGCGCUUCGUGCCCAUCACAGCGGUCCAGGAAAUGUUCAACGCAAACGACUUUAUUCUGCAGGGCGCCAGCAAAGCCGUCGAAACCGCGCGUUCGCGCACGGGUGAAAACAACAUCUUCGCCAAGGUCAUCGAGGACUGCGAGAAGGAAGGCGACGGCCACAUUGACGACAUGGACGUCCGCAUCGAAGCCAUGAACGUCAUCAUCGCGGGCACCGACACCACGGGCGUCACACUCACAUAUCUGACCUGGGCCGUCCUGCAGCGCCCCCAGCUGCAAGCCGCGCUCGAAGCCGAAGUCGCGGCUCUAAACGACCAUUUCACCGAAAACGACCUCAUCGCCCUCCCCCUGCUCAACGCGGUCAUCGAGGAAACACUCAGACUCUACGGCGCGGCCCCAAGUAGUCUCCCGCGCGUCGUGCCUCCGGGCGGCGCUUCCUUUGCAGGCCACCACAUCCCACAGGGCGUAACCGUCGAUACGCAGGCGUACACGCUCCAUCGUGAUGCUAGCAUCUGGAGCGAUCCGUUGACCUUCAAUCCCAACCGCUGGAUCGCAUCUCCCAAUGAAGGCAUCGCAGAAGCACAUUCUCCCGCUGCGAAACUGGCUUUCCACCCCUUUGGCGCUGGCGCCCGCUCCUGCAUCGGCAUCCAUCUCGCGCGCAUGGAGCUGCGGUAUGCAUGUGCCUUUAUGUUUCGCGAGUGUGCGGGCGUGCGGCUGGCGCAGAGUACCACGCCCCAGAGUAUGGAGUUUGAGAAUUUCUUCCUCAUUGCGCCAAAAGCGCAUCGCUGCGAGAUUACGCUGAAACAGGACGACUGAAUCGCUAACGUUGAGACAUGUCGAUUGUGGUUGCGUUGAACCAAUGAGACACUGUUCUGAAAAACCCUGUUACUUAUCUUGAUUGCUUUUUUUUCUCUCUUUCCUUUUGGAACUCAUCAUUG